AUGGCCCUGAAAUUGAAAUACAAGGACGAGCACGGUAUCCUGCACAUCGACAUGAGUCCAUCAACGAGUCCGGCGCGAACCGAAGAUGCGGAACGCGAAGACCUCACAGACCCAAAGUUCGACACCAUCAACAAUCGCUUCGGGAAAUAUGACCUCUUCGGAGGGAAAUACGAUGGAGGGGAGACGCCUCAAUCGCUGUUCAGAAGUCGCUACAACAGUAUAGAGGAGGAACUGGCAAACACGCCCUACGCGUUCGCGACCGACCGCUCGCUUCGUCUUACGGAGCCAGUCUUAGACAUAACUAUCAAGUCGCACAGUCACGACGCGUCGCCUUCGAACGAUAUCGAAGACGAUCGAUUCUUUAAUCGAGACAUAAGUCUCGAUUAUGGCCUGUUUGGUCCACAAAUCGAUUUUAAGGCGUCGGUGAAAACGUCCGACGAAGAAGAUCCUCCCGCGUUUACAGUGACACAAUUGAUUCACGCUCAAGAUCGAUAUUUCGAUCUAUCGACGCGUCAGAGUUUCGACAGUUCGAAAGCCGGUGUUAAGGGUAAAGUGCGGACUUUGGCGGACAGUUUCGAAGUGAAAAGUGCGCCCGGUUCGGCGAAAAAGUUUGACAGAGUUACUAAAAGUGACAAAGUAUCGGAUAAUAAUGCGUUCAAAGUGUUGUCCACUGAAACUGUGAAAAGUUUUCCGCAGUCAGCUGCAGCCAGCUUACCAACGGUGCCAAUCAAGAGAAAGCGGGAGAAAUCCUUCGCAAUUCUAGCGGAGCCCGUCGUUUCGCGUCCAACGAGUCCCCGGUCUUUGCCAGUAGAUAUUCGUUCUGGAGCAGGAAGGGUAUCGCCUUUUAAAGGGUGGGGAUUUCGAGAAGACACAUCACGGCGCAAUACUCCUAAAACCUCAGCGGUCAAUUCCAGGUGUAGUUCACCAAGUAAACAAAUCAGUUCACUAUCAAAUUCUGAAAAAAUGGCCCAAGUGGCCACAAUACCUCCACCAACAAUUUUAAGCAGACCUCGUUCUCCGAGAAACUUCCUUAAGGAGAACAUGGAGGAAAUUAAAGGGUUAAGUGAACUAAACAGAGAAAAACACGAAGCAGAGGCAGAAAAAAAGAAACAAGAAGAAGAAGAAGCUUUACUUAAAGAAAUGGGAUUAUUAAACAAAACAACUGGUAGAAGUAGAGUUGGAUCGAGAGCCAAUUCUAGAAGUAAUUCCCCAAGUAAAAUUAAUCUUAGGUCUAGAUCGAACUCUCCGUCUACUAUCUUGCAAUUUGAAAAUAAUAUACCAGUUAAAAAUAAGGAACUAGCUAGCUCCACAGGGAUUAAAUCAAAACCUUCGACGCACAGAUCUAGGAUUAGUUCAGUUUCUAAAUCACAACCUCAAUCAAAUGACGGUUCACCAAAAACAUCCAAAAUACCCAAACGGCAGAGCUCUGUGUCACCAACAAGAAGUACAAGAAACUUUGUUAACCACAGACGUCCUUUUGACAAUAAUUUAAAUAAAAAUCAACGAUUUAUUUCAAAUAGCACGAGUAGUAUUCAUGAAACUAUAAGAAUUGGUAGCCAAGUACACGAUAAAAGAACAUUAAGCCAAAGUGCGCAAUUUCUUGAUAUACCUCCAAAUAAUAUUCACAGCAAACCCCCAAUUUCACCUGGCAAAGUUGGUCCACCACCUUCAAAUCGAUCAAUUAGCUCGAAACGACUUUCACCAAUUGUUGGUACUCCUAAUAAGAGUCCUGUUGAGGAUGUUAAAUCAAACUCAGCCAAAUCCUCGCCAAAACCAUCCCCUGCAGUUAAAAAGUCUAUAAAAACUGCUAGUAGCACUCCUGUUACAUCUAGAAUAAACUCUAAACAAUCUAGCAGAACUGCAAGCAGAGAUACCAGUCCAGAAAAGAAAAUAACUACCAAUAAGCCACCUACUGUUGGUAAAAAAACUGUGCAGAAUAAAAGUGCAACUAGAACUCAAAGUAUAAGAACUUCACAAAAACCUGUCGUUUUGAACAAAGUUGAGCCUAAAAAGACAAUUACUAGAACAAGUAGUUUAAAAAGCUUAACAAGAACCCCAAGCUCCAAACACAUAAAUGGAAAACCUCCAUUAGGAAAAAGUAGGGACAAAAAAAAUGACUUAAAUGAGAAAGCGAAAUCAACCAGUAAAAUUAACGAAGUUGGUACAAAAAAGUCUUCUAUAGAAGAAUUUCAUACAACAGAAAAAGAUGUAGUUGACAGUGUUAAAUUAAACGAAGUAGAAAGUACAACUGAAGAAAAGCCUACAGAAGAUAAAGAAAUUUCUAAACAAGAUAAUGAAACUCAGUAUGAUAAAAUUACUAAUGAAAAAGGCGACUUGGUAAUUUUAACAAAAAAGAAUGUGGUAUCUAUGACAACGGCCGCGAUAACUGCACAGCCUUUGGAAGUUGUAACUACAGUUACUAACCAGUUACCGGCUGCUCUAGAAAAAGCAAGAGAAAAGGGAAUUUUCGAAAGGUUAGAUUCAAAAGAUUCAUUAAGUCCCAAAAAUGAAGAAAAGGAUGAAACUAUAUCAAAAGAAGCUACAACCAGUGAACAAAAUAUGACAUCAAAAGACACAACUGCAACUAAAGAUUCUACCACAGUAAAAGAAGAGAAAAAUGGAAAACAUGAAGAUAAAAAGCCACCAAAGCCAAUAAAAACCAUAUAUGGUGAAGAUAACAUAAAAUUAAAAUUGUUGCAACCGCCAUACAACAACCCUCAAGUUGAGCGGGUGAAACAAAAAAUUGAUUGUAUAUUGAAAGAGCCUGAAAUUUCGACGGAAAAUAUUAUUGCUGCGACUAAAAAAGUAGAAGAAAAAUCUACUGAAACUAUAGAUACCUUUAAAAGAGUAGCUGAUAAAACCAAAUCUGAUAUUCUAGAUGCCAAAAAAGAAGCAGAAACGAAGUUAAAUGAAAUCAGUGAUGCAAUUGAAAAAGAAAACAAUAAACUAUCUUCCGGAAUACGAUCUGAAGCAGCUAAAAUAGUUAAUAGCAUUAUUACUCCCGUAGAAGAACCAAAAGAUAUAUCAGAAAAGCAACAACAGCAACAUAUCAAAGAAAAUAUUGAGCCAAUAGUUAUGGUGGUAAAUGAAAAAAAUAAGAAUGGUCCUAAAACAACUGAGAUUGUCAAAAUGAAUGAAACUUUAGUAAAAGGAGAACCAGAGGUUGAAGUGCAGAGUUCAAAUGUUUCAACACCAGGUGUAAAUAAGAUAACUAUACAAAAUAACGCAAAUGACGGCAGCAUCUCUGAUAAAUCUGCAACAAGCAAUGGCGGUUUUCCUCAAAGCACGAGUACUACACCAAAACCACCACCCAGAACCCAACGUCAGGCAAAACAAGAAAAACAAUCAUCACAGCCUGAGGAAAGCAAAGAAACUAUUCCAGAUGAGAAAAAACCUAACAUCUGUUCGAGACUUAUGGUAAAAUGUAAAGCGAAAUGUUGUUCUUGUUGUGCAAAGCCAAAAGAAGAGGAACAGAAAUCAAAAGACGAACCGAAGGAAGAAACGAGACAAGGAGACAAUAAAGAAGCAAAGAAAGGAACACUGAGCAAACUAAACUGCUUUAAAAAGAAAGACUUGGAAAAAGAGCAAGCUGCUGCUGAAAGAGGAGCUGGUAAAGCAAUGACAAUUGAGUUCGAGAACGAAACGAAACGCAAACGCAAGCUGCGUGACAUACUGUGCUCGUGUUGCCGUCGGCGUCGUGUCAAAGACUCAUCCCAUUUGCCGCGUCGUGUUGCUGAAGUUGGCGUAUCGUCGCCAGUCGUAAAUGAAACUGGCUGUUGUGGCAAGAAACGACAAGAUGUGGAAAGGAGAGACAGCAUUUUUAGUGAUAAUACACCCAAUGGUUGCUGUAAUUAUCGUCUGUGCCAAUGGAUACGAGGCGCUUGUCGCCGGAAAUCGGAACAAGCCUCCAGUCCUCGAGCGAGUCUGUUCUCCAAGAAUAAAAGCUUAUCUCCCACGUUACCUCCAGAGGAUACACGCACAAAACUCGAUCCGUCCCUGGUGGAGCACACAAGUAUGAUACGAGGCGCGAUUCCCGUGCUGCCGAUUUCGCUGGCCUACUUCUGUCUGUUUUGCAAUAUAAUUGUUCCUGGACUUGGUACAAUACUAAGCGGAAUAUUCUGUCUGUGUUUCGGGAUCCCAAGAUUUGGAAUCCACGACAGCCCCAAGCACAGAAUAGGUUUAUUUGUCAUCGAUCUUCUGGUUGGCUGCGGACAACUGUUCACGGUGCUGUUCUGCCUCGUCGGAUGGGGUUGGUCUAUAUGGUGGGGCACCAUCAUGGUCAGAAUAUCACGUAAAUACCGCAAGUUAAAAGCUGAAGCCGCUCUAGAAGAGGCUGAAGCGGCGCCGCCGGUCACAACCAACAACCACACGAGGGCGUAG